AUGGCGCCUGAAGAGGAUGACAAUAGUGGCAAACCACCAAGAUCACCUCACGCCAUGGGAGCACAAGAAAAUGGUAACAAUACCCCCACUGAAACCAAACCCACAACUGAUGGAAAGACUAAUAAUGAACCGACUAGUAGUAGCUCCUGGAUCAUAAUUGUGAUCGUUAUUGUGCAGGGACUCCUCCCUCUGAUUCUGGUGUCGAUGAGUCUCAAUCAGUUCGCAGUGAAUCAGUUGAACCCCAGAAAAGUUCAAAAUCUGCCGUCACUUCCGGUAUGUCGGCUGAAAAGAAAUCAAAAGUGUCCGCGAAGUCCACCGCACCCGCCUCCAGGACUUCUCCAGGAGCUAAAGGAUUGUAUUCAAAAAGUUUUAAUCGCAACCCUAUUGUCAUUGCUAUCACUGGUGGUGACCAUCGAGGGUCAGUUCAAUUGGCAGACCAGGGAUUCGUUCGAUGAGAUCCGCAAACAGUUGGACAAAGUGGUGGAAGACAACUGCAAAGUGGUGGACAUCAAUGAGCUCUUCCUGCCGCAGUCAUCCGUCACUCACAUCCCGGACCUCAAGUGGUUGGGCAUCGACCCCAUCUUCCCCAACAGGACCAACCUCUUGCACAUCCACAACAUGGCUCUCAGCCGUGCCUUCUAUCUCAGGUAUACUUCGCCCCUCAGUGGCGGUCAUCAUCGCCUGUCACUCAGACAUUAUAUCCUGCAGAAGGCUCCGGACGACUCCGAACCGGGUUUUAUGUAUUACUUCUUGUCGUCGAUCGCGGACGUGGCGGCCAAUCGCUACAUCAACGCCAGCAGUAUAUACUACGGGCCGCACAUGGCGUUCACGCCCUCCUAUAAGGGCUUCUUCAACAAAACGAUGCCUCUGUUCGCGCCGCGAGCCUUCAGGGCCGACGACUUCAACGACCCCUACCAUCUUCAGGGCACGUCCACUCUCAACACCAUCGAAGCCAUCGAUUUGGGCGCCAUUCAGAACAACUCCUUCAGCACUAACUACACCCACGAACAGUAUAAGAUCAACGAGUGCACUAACUACACCCACGAACAGUAUAAGAUCAACGAGUGGUACAGACUAUGGCUGCCGGACCUCACCAAACGCCACGACUCCAAGACUACAUACACCGUUCAGAUCACGCACUUGAACGGCACGAACGAGACGUUUGUAUGGCACGGACCUCCCGCCGCCUCCGACAUUCCCGGUCCUGUUAAGUGGUUUAAGCCGUACUUCGACUGCGACCGCUCUAACAAAUGGGUGUUUGGAUCUACUGUUCCCAUACCUGACAUAUUUCCCAGACAUACCGGUUGGCGACACAUCGAGAUUCCUAUUUAUGUUGCGGUCGCUGUAAUGGAAGUGGAUUUCGACAGAAUAGACAUAAAUCAGUGUCCAAUAGGUGAAGGGAAUCCGGCGCCCAAUUACUUUGCCGGUACCGCCCGGUGUAAGAAUGCGACGACUGAAUGCGAGCCAAUCCACGGCUAUGGGUUUAGACGGGGCGGCUACCAGUGCCGGUGUAAGCCAGGCUUCCGUUUGCCAAAUGUGGUCAGAAGUCCGUAUUUGGGGGAAAUGGUUGAGAGAGCCACGCAAUCGGAGUAUAAUCGGGGUUAUAAUUGUGACAAAAUUGGAUACAUCGCUGUCCGCACACAGAAUGUCGUUCCCAUCGAGGAAUACGAGCGCCAGAAAUUUAUUGAACGAAUGGAAACACUAACAGGUCUUCACUCGCACACCAAUUACAGCACUCGUGUGGAUCCCAAUUGGAUCACAAACUACAUCCGCAAAGAGAUCAACGCUCAGAACUGUUACGAGAUGUCACUCAGACAUCCGGAUAUAUUGACACUAAGAGGCGAUAUAUCUUAUGGCAAAGAGGAACAGUUGGAAAAUCAGGCGCGAAUGGCCCUCCGUUUAGCUAACUUCAUCUCAGCCUUCCUUCAAGUGGUGGACCCGAAGGAACAGUUCGCUGAAUUCCGAGUGCCCGACAAACCGCUCACUCAGGACCAGAUCAUAGGCGAGGCGUUGGCCACUGUGAUCGGCGACCGGCGCCUCCUGGGGUGUGGCGUAUACUUCGACCGCAACCAAUUCAACCAAAGCGUGACGUACUUCGCGCCGUACGCCUACAGGAAGGAGCGAAACACUCGCAAGUUCUUCGUCGACGACAUGUCCCGAUUCAACCACAACUCGAAACAGUUUUAUUUAAAUCACGAAUACUUUAAGCUCUUGAAAAUGCGUUGGGCUUCCAAUACCGACGAUUUAGGCACCUAUACCACCAAAAUCAACGUCCGAUACAACAGCACCGGUCUGUAUGCCAUCCGAUACGACCACUACCCGCUGCAAUACAAGGCCGCGGAGCUAAAACACGGUCACUGGGCGUCGCCGUACUUCGAUUGCGGCGGUUUCCACAACCAGUGGCUCAUGACAUACGCGGCGCCCUUCUUCGGCUGGGAUAAGAUUAAGUCGCGCCUUGAGUUCAAGGGUGUCGUUGCCGUCAGCGUCAAGCUCGAGGAGCUGGACAUCAACCAGUGCGGCAACGACUACCAGGUGCCCAAUGCCUUCAAGAACACCCACAAGUGCGACCGACUGUCCUCCCGGUGCGUACCCAUAUUGGGCCGUAGGUUCGACGCCGGCGGCUAUAAGUGUGAGUGCGAACAGGGAUACGAAUACCCAUUCAACGACCCCAUCACGUACUUCGACGGGCAGAUACUGGAGGCCGAGUACGUGAAUAUGAAAGAACGCCGUCCCUCACGGUAUGACACCCUGGCCUGUCGGGUAGCGGUAGGCGCCCGAGUCAGUCAGGCCUGGCAUGAGUUGAUGCGAUUCUGUCAGACCAUCGCAACUGAAAAACGCCGAAAACUGUCGAAACUUAAAGACAAGACUCACUGCAAGACUACUGCCAAACAGGAGUCGAGUGACGACUUCAAGGACUACGCGGAGACAACGAUGAAUGAACUGUUGGGAUGGUAUGGUUAUGACAAGUUGGAUACGAGAGACACGAAAAAUCUAAAUUUAAGACAUUUCACGUCUAAGAAAAAGAUAAACGACUCGUCGGACACAAACACGGGUCGCAACCCAUCGACCGCUUCAGUCAAACAUAAAGACAACGCAAUCAAUAGAGACGAGAGCCGCCUAUCGCCGUAUAGCAGCUCAGAUGGUGGCGUAGGAGUGGGCACAUCCACCACCACAUCCACCACCACAACCCCCACCGCCACCAUUACCACCAGCGCUGAUAGCACUGGCGUUUGUCGAUCGACUUCACCCCCAUUAACAAUAACCACCACUGAAUCCAAU